GAUUAACAAAUUAUUGUAAUAUGCAAUUAGUCGAUGGAAAAUGAUGUACAGACUCGAAGAUAGAGUUCAAAUUCCAAUUACGUGCUAACGAGAAUAGAUCUUCCUCCGUAUGUAAUACAAUCAUGUGAAGUUUGCAAGCGCCAAGAAUGGCCAAAAAGAAAAUGUAAUAAGCACUCUUGUGUUGCAGAAUGUCGACGCAAGCGCUUUUACCACCCGAUGCUUCGCGCCCGAAAGCAUAAAUUAUGUAUGCCUCACAAAGUCAGUGCAAGUUGUUAAUAUUCAUACAAAGCAAAAAAUCACCAAAUUCAAGCUUCGCCAAAACGGCUCAAUUUCGACAGGAAAAGCGGCGUUGAAUACAAACAAGAGGCCAGGAGAGCAGUGAAAUGGCACUUUUCAGGUCGUAGCAACCACGUUGGAAUAUUUCAAUGGCCUUUCACCUGCCCUACACAAAGGGAUCUCGUUACUUUGUGGCGGAACCUAGAAGUACUAGUAGCUCUUCAAGCGAUUUGUUGGCAGUUUGACUGCGUUGUAAGGUAGAAGAAACGCAAACUGAAACAAGUCAGCGUUCCAGAUAGCAUGCAAUGUCACUGAAUAAUGGUGACAGGCUGCCAUGAUGGAGGAGUAGUCCAGGCAAACAAAAGAACCUUAUCAAAACUGUGGAAUGCAUGCAAAUAUGGCGACGUAAAAACAGUUGAAAAAUUAGCAGUCAAAAAGGUCGGUGCUAACGCAAAAGCUCAUGGCAUGGCUCUCAUUCACAUAGCAGCGCGAUAUGGAAACCCGGAUACUGUCAGAUAUCUCCUCUCUCUGGGUGCCAACGCCCAUUCUGUGGACGAGGAAGGCUGGACGGCCCUUCAUUGGGCCAGUGCAGGUGGACAUGUAACUGUGAUGCAGCUUCUGCUAGUGCAUGAUGUUGACCCCAAUGUGAAAGCCAGGACUGGGUCCACACCGUUGCACUUAGCUGCUUCUAACGGACACGAGAAGGCUGUCAACCUCCUCCUGACUUUUGGCUGUAACGGAAAUGUUCUGGAUGGAAAUGGAAGGAGCGCGAUGUUUCUUGCAAGCAGAGGUGGGCAUGUUCCCGUCAUAGAAGUUCUUCUUAAACACGGAAUUAAAUCCAACCGGCCGCUCAAAAACGGUCCUACCCCGGUGCAUACUGCGGCAAGAAAUGGCCAUUCAAAAGCUGUUGACUUUCUCAUUUCCUGUGGAGCAGAUAUUGACGCUGUUGACAAGGACGGAUGGAACGCGCUGCAUUCUGCUUGUCAAAAUGGUCACGUAGACGUCGUAGAAACGCUUCUUAAGAGCGGUAUGGAGGCAGACACCAGAAUCAACGGAGGUUGCACUCCUCUUAUGAUUGCGGGAUGCCACGGGCAUCCAGAUGUGGUGGAAUUUUUGAUCUCCAAAGGCGCCGAUCCAAAUUCGUCUGAUAAAUGUGGAUGGACCGCUUUGCACUUUGCCAGCCUUGGAGGGCAUAUACCCGUCAUUCGAGCACUGCUCAAAGCAGGGGUAGAUGUCAACGUUCGAACAACGCACGGGACAAUUCCAAUUCAUAUCGCUUCUCGUUACGGCCAGCCUGAGGUGGUGAAGUAUCUCAUGAGGAAGGGUGCUGACCUAGCGGCCACCGAUAAAGAUAACUGGACAGUGAUUCAUUACGCAACUCAGGGCGGUCGUCUUCCUUUCCGCGUCGUAGAAUCAAUGUUAAAUCAGGGAUUAGAUAUAAACCCGAAAUCUGUAUUAGGAAUUUCUCCUUUACACAUUGCAGCCCGCCAUGGUCACCCAGAUUGGGUGGAUUUUCUACUGUCUCAAAAUGCGGACCUCCUGGCUAAAGACAAUCAAGGAUGGACUGCUUUGCAUCAUGCCUGUAAAGGUGGUGAACUAUCGGUUGUUGAGAAUUUGUUUAACAAGGGAAUCGACCCAAACGUUCGAACGUGCUCCGGGUUGACCCCUAUCGGCAUUGCGGCAUUGCGUGGAAAUCAGGAAUGUAUCAAGUAUUUACUUUCUAAAGGAGGUGAUCUAAACGUCGUAGAUAACGAAGGCAUGACUGUGCUUCAUUUUGCCAGUCAAGGAGGACAAGCAGAUGUGAUCGAAACAUUACUGAAUUAUGGAAUGCAGCCCAAUGUUCAAGCGGACAAAGGUCUUGUGCCAAUUCAUUCCGCAGCGUUCAACGGUCACGCGAGUGCUCUAAACUUACUAGUUUCAAAAGGAGCAGAUCUGAAGGCGGUAGAUGACCAAGGCUGGAACGUGUUGCACUUUGCAUGUCAAAAUGGGCACACUAUUGCUAUAGAAACAAUACUUGAGCUGGGUUUAGAUCCCAAUGACAAGACGACAAAUGGGCGAACCCCUCUUAGUAUUGCCACGAUACAUGAUCAAUCAGAAGCAGUUAGGCUGCUACUGUCCAAGGGAGCCGAUGAGCAUGUUGCCGAUGAUGAAGGGUGGAAUGCAUUGCACAUCGCGAGUUAUCAUGGCCACGUUACUAUUCUUGAGCUGCUCUUAGAGCUCGGUGUAGAAGUCGACUGUCGAACUACAGAAAAUUUAACUCCAUUACUUCUUGCUGCCAAAAGCGGACAAUCAGAGGUCAUAGCUCCGCUUUUGUCACACGGAGCCAACCUGGACGCUACUGAUAAUGAAGAAUGGAAGGCGUUACAUUUAGCGAGCCUCGAGGGUCAUGUGAAAGUUGUGGAGACACUGCUAGAGAAUGGAGUAGAUCCAAAUCAGAAGACACAAAAAGGUCUCACCGCCAUGCAUUGUGCAGGAUUAAAAGGACACAAUGACAUUAUCAACUGUCUCCUGGAGCGAGGAGGCAACAUUUACGAGAUUGACAAUGAAGGAUGGAAUACUCUUCACUACGCUUGCAGGGGAGGCCACGAAAAAGUAAUAGAGCGGUUGAAAAUGCUGGGCAUGCAGUUAAACUGCCAAGCGGGAGACGGUUCAGUUCCCCUCCACAUCGCCUCCCGCUACAGUCAUCCAGAGUUAGUCAACUUCUUGCUGACACACGGAGCUGACACACAUGCCGUAGAUAAGAAUGGAUGGAACGCCUUGCAUCAUUCAGCCAAAGACGGAACAGUGGCAGUCGCUGAUGCACUUCUCAAACAAGGAGUGGAGAUGAUCGUGAAGCGCACUCACGAUGGCGACACUGCCAUGGGAAUUGCCGAAAAAGAAGGCAACAAAGAUGUCCAACAGUUCCUAAAUAGUUUCGUGUCCAAUCACUUGGGGAUCUCGAGCGACGAGGACAGGAAACACGAAAAAUACUGAAUCAUCCUGUGAAUGGUUGUUCACUCAAACACGGGAACUGGUAAACAUUAGAAUAUGUUAUCAAACCUGACCGCAAUGGCAUGUUUCUGAUAAAACGUCCAAAUGUCAUUCGCUUGGCCAGGACCGUGAAACAUUAUUUUGACACCCAAAAGAUAACUUUAAAGCUAACAGGGGAACACUGAUUAUUUGAUGUUACGUUGUUGCUGCUGUUGUUUGGUAUGAAGAUAGAUGAAAGCCAGUGUAUUACUUAUCCAAAACAUUGGUCUAGUCUCACGCACUGUUAAAUUCGAUGUUGGUAAUCUGUGAAAGAAUUCAAUGGAUAAAAUAAGAUUAAAGAGGUUAAAUUGUCUUAUUACGUUGCUCAGCUAGAUUUUCUUUGCAAAUUGCACUUCGAAAAAAGGUAGUAGUUAUAGUCGUCCUGGUGAAUCCAAAAAACACUGUUACAAAAAUUUGAAUUUUCUGAAAAAUCCAGAGGGUUUUAAAUGUGUGUGCCAGCAGUGACUCGUUUCUUGUCACGAGGCAUUAUUUUAUAUAUUCAAACCUCAUCUACUAAAGAAAAAGUACGGAAACAACUCAGAUUAUACCUUCCAGACCUGGUCUUAGACAUCGAUUCUGUUUGUUUCUUUUAUCUUCUUAAAAUAGCAGAAGCUUUAAGUUUUUAUGCAAAUUAACAUAACAAAAAAAAUGUAUUUGAAAUUUAUAAGCAGUUACCUUGUUUCCUUUGCAUCAUUUUCACCAGCAUACUGCAAGACUGGGACAACUGUGGAUUAAUGCAAGAACGGGCAGAGUCAUUUUGGGAAGAAGAAAGUACUACAGCAGGCUAUUAAGGUUCAAUAGCUUAGCCAUUCUCUAACUGUUUACACGUAAAUAUAGUGAAUGGCCAGCAUAAGGGAACUCAUUGGUAACUAAGAUUGUUUCGCAGUGCAGAGCAUAUCUAAUAGCGAGGAGUGGUUAUAAGAAGCUAGAGGUUCGUCAAUCAUAAAAUGAACAGUUGGACGGUCCACUACAACAGAGCGCUAUCCUUUUUUGCGUAACCAAUAGGUUUCCACUGAUUAGUUUCUCACUCUAGACAAAUUAAAGUAAAUAUCUAUUGUGUUUUGAAGACGGAAAAGGCUAAAAGGCGAACAAAACCACAGCUAUCCCUCUCUAUUAACUAUGCACAGAGCAAGGUAAUUGGUGCGUAUCGUUGUCUUUCCAAUAUGGCUGGAAUAGCUGUUCAAGUUUUAAUAACAAAUGCACAAACGAAAUAAAACAAUGACUGCUUGAA